AAAAAACGAUGCGUUUUUAUCGGAGUCAUUCAUUUAAAUUUGUGUGCAUUAGUAUUUUAUCGAUCGUUAUUAUUUAUCAAAUCUAUUUUCUAUUCUUUUGUUUGAAUGAUCGAUUUAGUCCGAUACAAAAAGAACAUUUCUUCACAUCGAUAAAUUCUGAAUUUGAAGAAAUCUCAUAUACACUUGAACCAUUUACGAUUGCUUUACCUCACUUUUCCGAUAAUGAAGCACGCAAUUGGUUUCUUAAUACGACUUAUUAUAGACGAUAUUCACAACAAUGUCUGCAUAAUGAAUGUGAAAAAUAUGGAUUUUUAUUCAAUGAUUCAAAGGAACAUCUCAAUAUUCAUAUUGCCUUGGUAAAUAAUGGUGUUUAUUAUGAUGAUGCUUGCGGUUAUAGAUACGAUGAAGCAGCUCUUCGACGAACAUUUGUAGCUCCGAAACAUGUUUCUGUUGUUUAUGAACAAGCAAUUAUUUAUACAGUACCAGACGCUUGGAGUUUUCAACAUUUUCUUGAUGGAAUCGGACCUAAAUUAGUUCAUUCUCGAAAAUACUUGGAUAAAUAUCCGAGUGCUAAAGUACUGAUUUUAGAAGGUCCUCGAUUUGAUCGAUCUGUAAAAGAAAUAUGGACUUUACUUGGUGUGAAUGAAUCAAAUCGAAUAAUUCAUUAUAAUCGUCAAAUGAAAGUCGGUGCUCAUCUCUUGAUAAAUCCAUGUCGAGCACCAGGUAUUCAUCCUCGUCUUUGGCAAGAUGCUCGUUCGAUGUAUUGGUCUUUGAUAAAUCUUCCAAAAGCGAAAUCAAAUCUUUUAAUCUAUGUUCAACGAACAUCAACAAAUACUAAAAAUCCAGGACGUCUUAUUCUAAAUGAAAAACCUGUUAUUGAACUUCUUCGUGAAUAUGCUGCUAAGAAUUCAUUAAUUUAUGUACAAUAUGAUCAUUCCCAACAAAAUGAUUAUAUUGGAAAACAAAUCGAAUUAUUUUAUAAUGCUCGUAUUAUUUUUGGUAUACAUGGUGGAGCGUUAUCAAAUAUAAAUUUCUCUCCUUCAGAAACGAUUAUUAUUGAAAUAAUACCUUAUCGAUCUGAUAAAAGUUCAUUACCGAUUGUUUGUUCAAUGUUUAAUCCAAAUACGUUCAAACCAUGUAGUGGUUACAAUUACUAUGUGCAAGCUCAAUUACUCAAUCAAUCCUAUUGGAUUCUACCUAAUGUAGUUGAUAGUCGAACGAAUGUCAAUGUGAAUAUAACUCGACUUCAACAACUUUUUGAUUCUUUACCUGUUCAACAUUAA